AUGGACACAUUCACACCUUACACAUUCCUUCAAUGUCCUUGUAGCGAAACAUCUCAGACUUGUCGAUCGAUAGGAGAAGACCUAGAUCAGGAUAAAGGAUCCGAAGAUUUUGAAAAGACCUUUGAUCCCAAGGCAGCGCGAUCAAAUUACAGCUUGUAUCCUCUCGCACACCUUUUAUACUGCGAAGAUUGUCGACAGAUACGCUGCCCAAGAUGCGUUCUUGAGGAAAUUGUGACAUGGUACUGUCCCAACUGUUUGUUUGAGGUGCCAAGUAGUACCGUCAGAAGUGAAGGAAACAGAUGCACUCGAAGCUGUUUUCAAUGUCCAAUUUGCGUAGCGCCCCUCUCAGUGUCAAGCCUAGAACCUUCGCCGGAGGGAUUAGGGGCAGAUCAGGCAGCGCAGAAUGGACCAUUUAUACUUAACUGUCCUUAUUGUAUGUGGACAAGCAAAGAAAUAGGUAUCGAGUUUGAUAAACAGAAUGGAAUAUUUGCACAGUUAUCCAAAGUUAUGAAUGGCGGCAAAACAGUAGUUGUUUCACAGGAAAAACGAAAAAACAGGGAAAAACGAUGGAAAAGCUAUCCUGAUACGAUAAACAUAUCGGUGGAAGACGUUCAGAAAUUCCAGGAUAGAGAGGCUUCCCCUCAAGAUGGAGUGCUUGAUAUCGAAAGCCAGUUUGCCAAUUUACACACUUUCUACCAGUCCCAACUUGCUGAUGCCACUCCCGUGGGUACUCUUGGUCUUGCGAGCGAUUUUGGUUAUGGGUCACCAGGAACUUUGUCAAGAAUUAUGGGACUUUACACCGGUAGUAAUUUUAUGGAGAGGAAGUCCAAAGUUAAAUCUAGAGUUAUGCGGGAAGCCUCUACUGCCUCAGAAGGUCUCCAAGCUACUGAACUCGAAGCUAUGGACGAAGACGAUGUUAUAAACCAGUUACGUACUGAGGGUUGGGAGAAUUUGACAACAUGUUCCCAGCGUCGAGAUCCUAUAAACAAGAGAAAUAGAUUCCUUUCUGAAUUACGCCCCACACCCUACCUCUUGCGGACCAAACGCUCCAAGCGUUGUCGGGCUUGCCGUCACAUUCUUUCAAAGCCCGAUGCAAAGCUACAGAGUACUCGCUUUCGUAUCCGUCUUAUUGCAUUAAACUACAUUCCCAGUAUUAAUAUCCGAACUCUCCAACCCUCCUCUAACCCUCCUCUUGAACCGAUGAAACCUGUACAAUUCUUACUCACAUUUCAAAAUCCUUUGUUCGAAAAAAUAAAAAUCACCUUGGCAACACCUGCGCAGACUCCUGGGAGAUUUAGCAGCAAAAUUACCCUACUUUGCCCCGAAUUCGAAGUCGGCGCGAACACGGAUAUGUGGGACGAAGCUUUGAAAAAUGGAAGCAGCAGUACUAGAGAUAUUUUAGUCGAGAAAAAGAAAGUUGGUAUCGAGCCAGUAGAGUCUCAGCUGCAAGGUGAAGCAGGGAAGGUGUUGGAAAAGGGACGAAAUUGGGCUUCGGUCGUCUUGGAAGUAUUACCUUUAUACCCAGAGGUUAGAAGUCCCAAUGACUCACUAGAUAAAAAAGAGGGCAUACCUAACGUUGGAGAAGAUGAGGAUAUUUGUGAAAUUCCAGUGUUUGUACGAAUAGAAUGGGAAACUGACACGACAAACGAAGAAACUAGUACUAUGGUUUCAAUGAGUAAAGUGGGAGAAUCUAUAAAAAAGAGGGAACUGGCGUAUUGGUGUGUACUUGGAGUUGGAAGAAUUGCAUGGAAGUAG